AUGGGGAAGUUAGAAAGCAGUAUUGGAUUUCGUAUUACUGGAGAAGAUGGAAAAGAAGUCAUUAUAGAAAUUGAGAAAAAACUUCCUCGGUUAUGUGAAGUUUUAAAGGCUCACAUUUCCAGUCAAAACUCAGAGCUCAGUUGUGCUGCUCUACAGGCCUUGGGGUUUUGUUUAUAUAAUCCCAAAAUUACCUCAGGAUUAUCAGAGAAAAAUAUUCAAGAACUGCUUUCAAAAUUGAAUGAUAAUGUUAAGAGUUCAGACAAAAAUGUACGUACAAGGGCACUUUGGGUGAUAUCCAAGCAGACGUUCCCCACUGACGUUAUUGGCAAAGUAGUACCCACUAUAAUUGAUUCAUUAGAAAUAGUAUUUAAUAGAGGAGAGAUGCAUUCUGCUGUUGUUGAUUACGAAGCAUUAAAUGUCAUCAUAAGGCUAAUUGAACAAGCCCCAAUUCAAAUGGGAGAAGAGUCAAUUAGGUGGGCGAAACUGGUCAUACCUUUAGUUGUUCAUUCAGCCCAAAAGGUACAUUUGCGGGGAGCGACUGCCCUAGAGAUGGGAAUGCCGUUGUUGCUUCAGAAACAGCAAGAAAUAGCAUCUAUCACAGAGCAGCUUAUGACUACUAAAUUAAUUUCAGAACUCCAGAAGCUAUUUAUGAGUAAAAAUGAGACAUAUGUUUUAAAAUUAUGGCCUUUGUUUGUCAAACUUCUUGGGAAGACCUUACAUCGAAGUGGGAGUUUCAUUAAUUCUCUGUUACAGCUGGAGGAACUGGGAUUUCGUAGUGGAGCACCCAUAAUUAAAAAAAUAGCUUUUAUUGCUUGGAAGAGUUUAAUAGAUAAUUUUGCAUUAAAUCCAGAAAUACUAUGUAGUGCGAAAAGACUAAAGUUGUUAAUGCAGCCUUUGAGUUCCAUCCAUGUGAGAACAGAAGCUCUAGCUCUAACAAAACUAGAAGUCUGGUGGUAUUUACUAAUGAGACUUGGACCUCAUCUUCCUGCUAAUUUUGAACAGGUUUGUGUGCCUCUAAUUCAAAGCACAAUAAGCAUUGAUGCUAAUGCUUCACCUCAGGGCAGUUCAUCUCGACUAGCUACUUCUCCAGGCUUAAGUCCUAUGACCCCUCAACACAAAGGUGCUUCCCCAUAUGGAGCCUCAGUAACCACCCGGAUGAACUUGAGUUCGAAUUUUGGUGUAAUGGCCACAAUCCCCUCUAUUCAACUUUUAGGACUUGAAAUGUUACUUCAUUUUCUGUUGGGUCCAGAAGUUUUAAGUUUUGCUAAGCAAAACAAACUUGUACUGAGCUUAGAGCCUCUCGAAUACCCGUUAAUCAGCAACUCUUCUUUUUUUUCCAAAUAUGCAAAUACACUUAUCACGGCUGUUCAUGAUAGCUUUGUUGCAGUUGGAAAAGAUGCUUCUGAUGCAGUUGUCAGUGCUAUUUGGAAAGAGCUAAUUAACUUGGUAAAGUUAGUUAUUGAAUCAGGUAACAAAAAAGAGAGACCAGGUUCUGAGGUUUUGACCCUCUUAUUAAAAUCUUUGCAAACCAUAGUGAAAUCGGAAGUAUUUCCUGUAUCAAAAACACUGGUCCUCAUGGAAAUUACAAUUAAAGGACUUCCUCAGAAAGUAUUAGGUUCACCAGCAUAUCAGGUUGCUAAUAUGGAUAUUCUUAAUGGAACGCCUGCUUUAUUCUUAAUUAAAUUAAUUUUCAACAAUAAUCUCUUGGGAUGUGGUGUAGAAGAUGAAAGGUUUUUUCUUAACCUGGAAACACUUGUAGGUUGUGUUCUUUCUGGUCCAACUUCACCACUAGCUUUCAGUGACUCUGUUUUAAAUGUUAUUGAUCAAAAUGCAAAACAGUUGGAAAACAAGGAGCAUCUCUGGAGAAUGUGGAGUAUUAUAGUCAUUCCAUUAACCGAAUUGAUUAAUCAGACCAAUGAAGUAAAUCAAGGUGAUGCCUUAGAACAUAAUUUUAGUGCCAUCUAUGGUGCAUUGACUCUACCAAUAAAUCACAUUUUUUCAGCACAGAAAAUUCCAGGGGCCACCAUAAAGACCUUACUUAGAACUUGGUCAGAAUUAUAUAGAGCAUUUGCUCGCUGUGCUGCUUUGGUGGCGACUGCAGAAGAGAAUUUGUGCUGUGAGGAGCUUUCUUCCAAGAUAAUGGUCAGUUUGGAAGAUGAAGACUUUUCGAAUUUGUUGUUCUUGGAUAGGAUCAUUCAUGUUAUUACUGUAGUGGUUGAUUGCAUCGACUUCUCACCAUAUGAUAUUAAAAUUCAGUCCAGAGUUAAAUGUAAGUAUUUUCUUUACCUUUAUUUGCUUGAUGAAGUUCCUAAAGUGUAUAGUUGUAUGAACAACAAGUUAGAAAAGCUACUCGGAGAAGUCAUUGCUUGUCUACACUUCAGCUACACUGGGACUUACGACAGUGAACUUCUUGAAAAGAUCUCUCCAUUAUUAUGCAUCAUAUUUUUGCACAAGAAUAAGCAGAUUCGAAAACAGAGUGCUCAGUUCUGGAAUGCCACAUUUGCUAAAGUGACGACGUUGAUUUAUCCUGAAGAGUUAAAACCUAUACUAAGACAAGCCAAAGAAAAAUUUCUGCUGCUGUUGCCUGGUUUGGAAAAUGUUGAAAUUAUGGAGGAAUCCAGUGGACCAUAUUCGGAUGCAACAGAAAACUCACAAUUAAAUAUGAAGAUAAGUGGCAUGGAAAGAAAAUCAAGUGGAAAAAGAGAUUCUUUUCUGGCACAACCAAAAGUUACAAAAGAAAACAUGAAAUCACCAGCCAAAUUCAAACUAGAAUCUUCAUCCCCCAAAAUAAAGAGUGGAAUGCCUUUGGAAGAAGAAAAGUCUACUGAAUUUGUGUUUAUACCUCCAGAAGGAAAAGAAACAAAGGAAAGAAUACUAACUGAACAUCAGAAAGAAGUACUCAAAACAAAGAGGUGUGAUAUUCCUGCCAUGUAUAAUAAUCUGGAUGUUUCACAAGAUGCAUUAUUUUCUCAGUAUAGUCAAGAAGAGUCUAUGGAAAUUCCUAAAUUAGCUGAAAAAUUGAAGGAAGAUUCCAAGAUGGCAUUUAAGGAGGAACUAACAAAGGGUGACAUUGUCAUUACACAAGAUGUUACAGGAAAGUGUGGUAUGGAAGAACAUCUUGAAAAGACUUCUCUUUCAAACAUUGAAUGUAGUUCUGUUGAGGAAACCCAUCCCGGAAUACUGAGCAGUAAUAAUAAUGCCAGAAAAAAAACUUUAAUGUCAUCAAAGAAAAUUUCAACUGAAUGUGCAUCUAGUACAGGAAACACUUGUGGUGUUAGCAGUAGCUCAGUUUCUAAUAUCACCAAUUCUGGAACACCCUCACAGCCUACAAGUCGAAGGCAAACCUUUAUUACUUUGGAGAAGUUUGAUGUUUCAGAAAAUAGACCUUUUAGUCCAUCCCCCUUGAACAAUAUGUCAUCAGCUGUUACAGUGAAAAAUAGUCAGGAAGGCAUGGCUAAAACAGAUAUUCCACCGAAAGCAAAGAGAAGAGAAGUGGGUCUUUCAAAAUCUGACUCUGAAAAAAUAGUGCAUGGAAAUAAGCGGUCAGGCCUAAGGUCAAGUAAAGCUGAACAAACGGGGAAUAAAAGUUCUAAGCUCUUAGUGACAUCAGAUCAGAAGAAAAGUACUCAGGAAUCUAGUGAUAGCAUGGUAGCCUUAGAAAAUAAUCCAGCUAGUUUGCUUAAUCAAACAGAAUGUGUGUUAGAUAAUCAGGCUCAUCUCUCUGAAUCUGCAGUGGAACAUGAGGAUACAAUGCUUAAACCAACAACAGAAAAUGCUUUAUUAGAAAACAGUAUUAUUGUAGAGGAGAAAAUCUUAGGAACCAAUUUGGAAUCCAAAGAAAAUACACCCCCAGCCAUAAUACCAGCAGAUCAAAUGGUAAAUGAGGAUAGUCAUGUUCAGAUAACUCCAAAUCAGAAAACCCUUAGACGUUCUUUAAGGCGACGUUCAGAAACAGCAGAGCCUAUCACUGAUAGCCAAGAUAAAGAAAAUACUCUUCAAAAAAAGGAAAGAUACAAGGAAGAAGAAAAGACUCUUCAAAAAAGUCAGUUACAUGUAAAAGAUGAUAUGUUACCUAAGCAAAAACUGAUUUCUGAACAAACUGUACAGGAAAAUUUAAUUGAGAAAGAUACUUUACAUGAGAAGACUUUAGGGGAAACCAGCACUAAUGCUGAAAUUGAAAAAAAUAGAAGAAAGCCAGACCUUGAGAAUAGUAAAUCUGAGGGAGAUGCUGGCCAGGAUAUUGCAGAUAAGUCCUCUGAGAAACAAGUAAGGGGACGGACACGGUAUCAAACAAGGAGAGCAUCCCAGGGUUUACUUUCCAGCAUUGAAAACUCCGAAUCUGAUAAUUCUGAGGCAAAGGAGGAAAGUUCUAGAAAGAAGAGAUCUGGAAAAUGGAAAAACAAAAACAGUGACAGUGUUGACAUUGAAGAUCAAGAAGAGAAAAUGGAAAAACAGGAAUGUCUACAAGUUGAAAGUCAGAUACAUGAUCAUAAAGCAAAUUCAGAAGUAGACAUAAAUAUAAAAUCUCAGAUUUGUGAAAACAAAGAUGAAAAUAAUACUGUAGCUCUCCAAGAUUCUACAGUAUCUUCAGAUUUGCUGCUAGUUUGUGAUAUAUCAAGUACUUCUGAAGAAAAAAGUAAAACUAACAAAUGUGCAGGUUAUUCCUCUUCAAAUUCUGUAUCAGAAUUAAAUCUAAGGACUAGAAAUGCCAAUAAGAGGUUACAUAAGCGAGAUUCCAUAGAAAAUAAUGUGGAAGAAGGGUCAAAAAUAGACACAUCAGACAGUUUUUUGCCUUCUGAAAAAUCUUUUCAAACGCCUGAAUGCCGACACAAGAGAAGUAGGAGGGUAAGGAGAUCUAAAGGUUGUGAUUGCUGUGGAGAAAAGUCACAACCUCAAGAAAAGUCACCCCUUGGGUUGACAAAUACAGAAAAUUACAAUGUAAAGGUCAGUGAAACCAAAAAGAUAGAUGUGCCAAUUCCUGUAACUAUAUCAGAGACUUCUACAGGUAAUAUUCACCCUGAGGCUAAACUUCCAGAUGAGUGUCAUAGUGUGAAUUUUCAUUUGGGUCUCAAGGAGGAGAAUGACACUAUUGAUUCAUUAAUUGUACCUGAAACUGAGUUGAAAGAAAAAGAUAUUCAAGACUCUCUUCCUUCUGAAAUAGUAAAUUUUAAAGAAGAAAUGUGUGAUACGGAUUUUAAGGAAGCAAUAUCGAUUGAAAGCCAAGAGCCAUCCAAUAAAAAAUAUAAGACUGUUGGCCCAUGUUUAGGUGAUUCCAAAGAUAUUUCACUGGAAUGUUCUAAUUUGGAGACCAAAGAAGAAAAGCCAGAGGCUGUACUAAAAAUGGAAGUAAGUACAGAGAACAUUGUUAAUGUUGAAGCAGAUGCAUGUAAAGUAAAAGGAGAAUUCAAUCCAGAAGUAGAAGCUAUGGAAUUGGAUGCAGAAUGUGAUAAGCCUGAAGCUAGCUUCUCUGAACAAAAGAGUACCAAAACGGGUAUUUUUGAGGAAGAGGCAACAGAGAAAAACAGUACAAGAAGUGAUGAAUCUGAAGCAGAUGCAGCUAAAGUACUGAUUGCUGAAGAAGCAGUAACUGAGGAAUUUAAUUCAGCUAUUGGUCAUCCUGAUAAUACCACACCUGUAGAAGUAAGAGCUCAGUUAGAAGUUUCUGAACAAAUAGCAGUUGGUGGAAAAGACGGAGGAAAUGAUGAAUCUGAUCCAGGCUCAUCUGAAGAAAUGAAUGCUGAAGUGGACAAUUAUGAAGAAAGAGUAAUUGGUGAAGUGAAUGCUGAAACUGACCUUGUCAGUGAAACAGAGGAUGAAGACUUAGUUACCAAGGCAUCAAAGUCGACAGAAGCUGAAACAAACAGAUUGAAUAUAGAAAUUGGCGACAUUUUCCCUAACACACUUAAGGUGAACACUGAAGAAGGAAAAGCUAACUCUAAUAAAACAGAAACAAGCAUUGUACUUAAUAAACCUGAAGAAGUAAAAUUAGAUGACAACCUAUUGAAAGUGGAAAAUGGUGGUGAAACUUUACAGGAAGUUCACCAUACUUCAGAGAAAGUGAAGGAAACAUCACAGUCUCUGGUAUCUGAAAGAGAUACCUCUGAACUGAUAACAGAAGACAAUAAUGCAUCUCCUCAAAAAUUAAACGAAUUUGAUCCUUUACUUCUGUCAGCAACUGAGAGUCCUAGUGGCAUGCAGGCACGCUGUAUCUGGUCUCCUUUGGCUUCUCCAUCCAGUAGCAUUUUAAAAAGAGGACUAAAAAGACCCCAAGAAGAUGAGAUCUCACCACCUGUUCACAAGGUUCGCCGAGUCUCCUUUGCAGAUCCACUAUAUCAAGCAGGAUUGGCAGAUGACAUUGAUAGGCGAUGUUCUGUUGUUAGGGCCCAUUCUUCAAAUAGUUCUCCCAUAGUAAAAGGUGUUAAAACUUCACCUACUGCACAAUCUAAGCAUAAUACCACUUCAAGCAAAGGAUUUCUGUUCCCAGGAUCACGUAGCCCUAAAUUUAAGAGCUCAAAGAAAUGUUUAAUUACAGAAAUGGCUAAAGAAUCCAUACCAUGCCCAACAGAAAGUGUUUACCCAGCUUUGGUAAACUGUAUGGCACCAGUUGAUAUUAUUUUACCUCAGAUUACUUCAAACAUGUGGGCAAGAGGACUGGGACAACUCAUUAGAGCCAAGAAUAUAAGAACAAUUGGUGAUUUGAGUACUCUUACAGCAUCUGAAAUUAAAACUCUUCCUAUCCGCUCUCCAAAAGUGUCCAAUGUAAAAAAGGCUCUCAGAGUAUAUCAUGAGCAACAGGUGAAAUCUCGUGGACUAGAAGAAAUUCCAGUUUUUGAUAUUUCUGAAAAAACAAUAAAUGGAACAGAAAAUAAACCUCUCUCUGCUGAUGAAGAAGGACUUGCCUCAGAUUUAGUUGAUCCUGUUGCUUUAGAAACUCCAUUAUCUAAAAAUCUUGUGGCACAGGUCAGUGCACUUGCUCUUCAGCUGGAUUCAGAGAAUCUCCAUAAUUAUUCAGGAAGCCAACUAUUUGAAAUGCACGAGAAACUUGGUAGCAUGGCAAACACUAUAAUAAAAAAUCUGCAGUCGCGUUGGAGGUCACCAGCUCAUGAUAAUUCUUUUUAGUAUUUUAAGACAAAGUUGAAACUAAAAAACUUCACUGAGUUUGUUAUUUCAUAAAAUAAGUUCUGAAAUAUGGCACAAUUUCAGACUGAAUGUUUGCAAAAUUGGUAACAUUUCAGAACCUGAAGGGCAAUGACUAUGUAAGUUCAAUUUUGUAAGUUCAUUAUGUAAUAUGAUUUUUUGAUAUUACAUAUUUUAUUGGCUGCUAUGCCUAAUUUUCCUAAAAUCUUAAAUUUACUGAAAUGUGAAAGCAAAAACUAGAAACAAGCAGACAUUUAUUUCACUUAAACUCAUGCAUAUUCUGAUUAAACGUUUUAUGAAAAAUAUUUUAUUUGAAGUAAAAUUGAAAUUUUUUAUUUGGAUUUUUUGCUGGCUGAUAAAAGGUGUUUAUACUUGAUUUUUUAAAAAAAUUUAUAUUUGUUGUGCCUAAGGUUUAAGAAAUCUGGUCUUGGUAAAAUAUACUGUAUGUGCGAUGUAAAAGAAUUAUUGUUUUUCACCGAAUUCAACUAUGGACAACUUUUAAGAAAAACUGGAAGUUUCAGGUUUUGGGUUAAAGUAUUAAAGCAGACUUUACUAAGAUAUUUA